AAUCCCCUAUCCAGUAACAAGGUCAUUUCCAAAGGUUAAAACCGAUAGUGCAUUUUUCACCUUGUAAAAAAUAAGUACAAAAUGCCGCAUUUCCGUUUAGAAACUAACGUGCCACAAAAUAAAAUACCAGCUGAUUUACCUCAAAAGUUGUGCAAAGUAGUAUCGCAGUCACUGGGAAAACCGUUAAACUAUUGCGUAGCGACGGUCAUUGGGGGUGUCAACAUGUCAUGGGGUGGCACAACGGAACCAGCUGCGCAAGCUACUUUAAUGAGCAUUGGGGCUUUAGGGGUUGAACAGAAUAAAAAGCAUGCAAAAGCAUUGUAUGAACUGGUAUCUAAAGAGCUAGGAGUGCCCAGUGAUAGAAUGUACAUCCACUUCAUUAACGCCACAACAAGUGAUGUAGGGUAUAAUGGAACAACCUUCCAUGACAUCUUUGGGGGUUAAAACAUGUUAUUUAAAUGUAUUCAAGUAGUUAACUGGUGUUUUGGGUUUAUUAAAUUUUUAAAAAAUUAUUACAAA